AUGGUGGUUGUGGUUGUAGUUGGAACUGUAUUUGUGGUUUCUGGAACUGUAGCUGUGGUUGUUGGAACUGUGGUUGUUGUGGUUGUAGUUGUUUUUGUGGUUGGAACCGUAGUUGUGGUGGUUGGAAGUGUGGUUCUGGUUGCUGGAAUUGUAGUUGUGGUGGUUGGAACUGUAGUUGUGGUUGCUGAAACUGUAGUUGUUGUAGUUGAAACUGUGGUUGAUGUGGUUUCAUCUGUAGUUUUUGUGGUUGGAAAUGUUCUUGUGGUGGUUGGAAUUGUGGUUGGAACCGUAGUUGUGGUGGUUGGAAGUGUGGUUCUGGUUGCUGGAAUUGUAGUUGUGGUGGUUGGAACUGUAGUUGUGGUUGCUGAAACUGUAGUUGUUGUAGUUGAAACUGUGGUUGAUGUGGUUUCAUCUGUAGUUUUUGUGGUUGGAAAUGUUCUUGUGGUGGUUGGAAGUAUGGUUGUUGUGGUUGGAACUGUAGUUGUAGUGGUUGGAACUGUAGUUGUUGUGAAUGGAACAGUGGCUGUUGUGGUUGCAUCUGUAGUUGUGGUUGUAGUUGGAACUGUAGUUGUGGUUGCUGGAACUGUAGCUGUGGUUGCUGGAACUGUAGUUGUGGUAGCUGGAACUGUAGUUGUGGUUGCUGGAACUGUAGUUGUUGUGGUUGGAACUGUCGUUGCUGUGGUUGGAACAGUGGUGGUUGCUGGAACUGUGGUUGUUGUGGUUGGAACUGUAGUGGUUGUAGAUUGA